CCUUAGCCACCACAUACCACCAUUCAAAAAAAAAAAAAUCACACACUUUUUAAUCUUCAUGAACUCACUGUAGCUCAAAGACAUUCUCAGUCUUUUUGCUUUUGUUUCCUUAAAAAUGGGUUCGAUGAUGUUUUCGGUGAAGGCUAUUUUGAUCUCGACAGGGGUUGUGUUUAUGGGACUGGGUUUGAAAGCUUGGGUUCCAAUGGUGAUGGAGUUCUCAGCGUCUCGCCUGCCUGUCACGUUGGCUUCGCUUCUCUAUUGGCUCAAGCCACCUUAUGUAUACGUGAUCAUCAACGGUAUUAUCAUCACCAUCGCCGCCUCUUCGCGCUUCCACCACCGCCACCACAGCGGCAGCUCAGCCGCAGCCUCCACCGCCUCCUCCACCGACCGUCACCAUCUCUACCCGAUGCCUUCUUCGGCGGAUAUUCCGCCGGAGGAGUUUGGUGUUCUGGAGGACUCGACUGUGGUUCCGGAAGUGAAGAAUAUUGCUGCGGUGGUGAUGAAUGGAGAGGAAGAAGAGGACGAGUUCGUGGCUCCGAGUGCCAUGUGGACACCGGAGAAGGAGGUGGUGGUCUCGUCGGAGUAUCUUUUUCCGGCGGAGAAACCUCUGGUUUCUGAGAGGUUCGGCCACCGGAAACCGGCUAAGGCCAGUCCUGAAGGUGCAAGAGCAUUGAGAGUAGCAAAGCCAAAACGGCACGAGACAUUGGAGAACACGUGGAAGGCGAUAACGGAAGGGAGAGCAAUGCCGCUGAGUAGGCACAUGAAGAAGUCUGACACGUGGGAGAAUCACGGCCGUGAUAUCCACGUGGACUCGCUGGGUGAUCUUGUGAAGAAAUCAGAGACGUUCAAGGAUCGUACCAACCAGGCAGCACCGGAGGCGUUGGCUUUGUCCGUUGGGCCUGGGCCUGGGAAGCCUCCUCUUCUAAGGAAAGAGCCGUCACUGAGUCAGGACGAGUUGAACCGACAAGUGGAGGCUUUUAUCAAGAAGUUCAAUGAGGAAAUGAGGUUGCAAAGGCAAGAGUCAUUGAAUCAGUACAUGGAAAUGAUCAACCGUGAGGCCCAUUAGUAAAUAACCUUUUUUUUUUCUUUUCUUUUUUUUUUGUGGGGUGGGGGGGAAGGAAUUUGAAGGAGAAAUAGAAAGUUAAUUUUGUAAAAAAGGCUUUCUCCAUAGGUUAAAGAUUGGAGGUUUGUUUUGGUUUUUUUUUUUUUUUUUUUUUUUUUUUUUUUUUUUUUUUGGGUGGGGGCAGGUUAAAGGUUGGACUUCUUAAAAGCUUAAAAUGAUUAUGGUUUUUUUUCUUUUUUGGGAAAGGAAAGGGGGUGAUUAUAUUUUAAUUUGACAAGGAAAAGUUUUAUGUCUGUAAAGGAAGGAUGAAACUUAAAAUAUAUUCUUUUAUUAACAUAUGAAUGAAUGAUUGAUAUGUAUUGUUUGUA